AUGUGGUACGUCGUGCUCCCCCAGCUCAUCAGCCGCCUGCACAAUCCAGACAUGCGCGGGCUGUUCACGCAGCUGAUCGCAAAGGUGUUGGCGGCACACCCGCACCAGGCAGGCUGGCAGGUCAUGCAGCUGAGGAAAUCGAAGUGCCCAGGCACGGCCAACCUGUCCACGGAUGUGAUACUGCCAGUGUCGAGGAAGGACGGAAACAUCAACAGAAUAAUGGUCCAGUAUUCCAGACUUUUCGAUCAGCUGAUCCAACUCGCCGAGUUUCAGCCACGGGACGACAGGAACCCGAACCCGCAGAUCAGCCUGGACAGGCACGGCUUCUCCAAGCUGCUGGGCGGGGUGCUCCCGCAGCGGACCCCGACGCAGGGCGGGGCCGAGGCCUGGCAGGUCCUCGUGCCGAUCCAGUCGCAGAUGGCCGCCGCGAUCCCGCGGGCCGCGGACGCCCCGGAGGCGGUCUACUCGGAGAGGUGCGACAACGUGGUUGACGUGAUCCGGUCGAAAGAGAAACCGAAGAAGCUCACUUUCUUCGGCAGCGACGGACGGUCGUACCCGUUCCUAUGCAAGUCGGAGAGGAAGGGCGACCUCAGGAAGGACUCGAGGCUAAUGGAAUUCGGGCUCAUGGUGAACCAGCUGUUGCAGAGGAAUCUCGAUGCUCGUCGCAGGGAUCUUGGGGUACGCACGUUCAAUGUUGUCAUUCUGAGGGAGGACUCUGGCCUCAUCGAGUGGGUUUCGAACACCAGGGGGAUCCGCCACAUCAUCGACGACCUCUGGAAGUCUCUAAAGCCGGGCAUGAUGCAGUCUAUGAGGGAGAUCAAGGACAUGUUCGACACGUCCAGGAACAAGUACGAGACCUUCACGAAGCAGGUCCUGCCGAGACACCCUCCCAUCCUGCACAGGUGGUUCUCCCUGAACGCCGACCCCUCCGUGUGGCUGUCUAGGCGCCUGCUCUUCAGCAGGACCCAGGCAUUGUGGAGCAUGCUUGGAUACAUCGUUGGCCUCGGCGACCGGCACGGCGAGAACAUCCUCGUGGACCAGGAGACGGGGCGGAUGGUCCACGUCGACUUCGACUGCCUCUUCGGCAAGGGCAUGCACCUGGACUGCCCCGAGACCGUCCCGUUCCGGCUCACGCAGAACUGCGUCGCGGCCAUGGGCGUCACCGGAGUCGAGGGCGCCUUCCGCAGCUGCUGCGAGCUCGUCAUGGGGGUGCUGCGGGACCGGGCCAACAAGCAGACGCUCCUCUCGGUGCUGCACGUCUUCAUCGCGGACCCGCUGAUCGAGUGGUCCCGGAGGCCACAGGCGCCCCCGCGAUCCGAGGACGAGAAGCAGAGCCGGGUGCGGGAGGCCAGGGCCACGAUCGGCAACGUGGAGAGGAAGCUCGACGGUAUGCUUAACGUCGGCGCCGUGGUCGACCUCAGGGCGGCCCACCAGGGCGAGUCGGUGCUCACGCCUGAGGAGCGCGGGCGCAACUCCGCCUGCGCGCUCCUCGGCCGCGACCGGGGCGUCGGGCUGUCGGUCGCGGGGCAGGUGGACGAGCUGCUCAAGGCCGCCACGUGCAAGCGAAACCUCAGCGAGAUGUACGUGGGCUGGCAGCCGUGGCAGUGA